GCAUUGUAGCUGAAGAAAAUUAAAAAUAUUGAAGAAGUAUUCAGAAAGUAUAAAACACGUAUCUGUAAGAAAUGGCAUUUAAACGGUUGCGCUUCUUUCUUUUAGUGUGUUUAUUCUCAACACUAACUGUUUCUGAACCGAUUUGUUCUAAAUUUGUCUAUGAAGAACAACUCCUGGAGAAAAUGGUUAGAGUGGAAUUUAAUGUAGGACAGACGGAAAAGGAAAUAAAGAGCACCAACAGCCUUGUUCUGGAAUCUUUGCAGCAACUGAAACAAACCCGGGAGAAAAUGACCGAAGAAUUCGAAGCGUUGAAACUUGAAGCCAAGAAAAUGUUAAACGAAAAUGAAGUGAAGGUAUCGAAGGAAAUCGAUGAUCUAAGAGCAGAAAGGGCAAAGACACUCGAAGAAUACGACAAUAAAAUAAAGGAGUUUGGAGAGGCAGCUGUGGUACCAAAUAUUGCAUUUAAAGCCAGAACCCCUUCCUCACUUGACCCAGACGACAAUGCAGUGAUUGUGUUUACCAAGAACAUUGUAAACAUUGGAAACGCCUAUGACAACACUACAGGGAUAUUUACAGCUCCGAUAGAUGGGGCUUAUCUCUUUACAAGUCAGCUUUGUCUCCAAUCUGGAAAACAUAUCACAUUCGGAAUCUACAUUGAAAAUAUUGUAUAUGCUCUGAGCAGAUACUACGGAAUUGGAGAAGGCGAUUACAUUUGUUUUAACAUCGAAACAACGGCUGUCUUAAAAGCUAAUCAGAGGGUUUCAGUAAAAAGCUGGAGUGCCACCACAGGAAACAUUCUGCUUGAAGAAGAAAACCAUAGAUGGAACGUAUUUUCUGGAACUUUGAUACAUAAGUAACUGUGCUACAGUAAUAUCUGGAUCGUCAUUUUUUUGAAAUUUGGAAUGUUUGCAUUCUCUCAAUUUAUGUUGCAUUUUGCUGCUUCAGAAACUGUAAACCUUGGUGUGUAUUAGUGUUCAAUUUAUUAGUUACUUUUAAUAUGACAAGUUAUACUUAUUUUUUAUAAAACACGGUACGGUUAACGUAACGUCGGCCUACCUGCAGCGAACAAGACUUAGGUCUGUAUUUUUUUCUUUCUGUUUUUCGAUGAUAUUUUUAAAAAGUAGUUGUGCCUGUGAGACAAAUAAAAGUAAAAAUAUAACUAACAAUUUACAGCAGACAGCCAAAUAAAUGUACACAAAACUCCCAAAGGGUACCAAUUUUUAUUUCUGUACGCCACAGAAAAUAACGAUUUCAACUGUAAACUGUAUCUUCUCUCACAAAUGAACAAGAUAGAGCUAUUUUUUCUUAUCUUAUCUCCUUAAUAGAUUGAUGUUUUAUGUUUGUGUAGCUUGUAUGCAUGAUGCAUCUGACCACUACCCAGGCCUGUAUUUCCAUAAUAAAUCUUGUGGAUUGUCUUCUUAUAUUUUUUUUGACAUUUCUAAGUGGACAAACUUCAACUCUGUUCGCACAGAGUGUUCUUUGCACAGUGAAAGCACCCGCCAUUUACAGUACAGUUCCUGAUAGUAAAUAGAGUGUCUUUUCAUGCUGAAUUUAUACAUGAGUGUC